AUGUCACACAUCGCUUGCUUGAGCCGCUUGCAUAGAGCAGAGUCGCUAGUGGUUCUUGGUAGAUUAGACUGGCAGUCGCUGCUGCACGCACGCGUCCAGUCCCCUCCUCCCUUCUGUCUCCCUCGCCGUCGCUCGCUCGUGCAUGUGUGCCAUGAGCCUCCUCCUCCCUCCCUCCCCCCAUCCCCCCCGUCCCCCUUCUCCCCUCCUCCCCCAGGUGCUACGCAUUUGCUGCUCUAUCCCCUCUCCUCACUGUGUUCUCUCCGCAUUCCUUCCGACCCUCACACCUGUGCAGGCCUCAUCGCGAGCAGCAGUGGCAGGCGGACGGACGUGGGACAGCAUCAGCGUUCUCCUCAUGCGUCAAGCCACUGGCGGCAGCAGACAACACCUGGUGGUGCCGGCACAUGCUUCACCUGCCCUCUGCACACAAUCACAUAA